AUGAUCAUUCCUAUGUGGAAGAUCAUUGAAACUAGUGAAUUGGUUCAAAAAAAUCUGUCAGAGACAACCCGACUUCGGAUGUUAGACCCAAUGAAGGCGAUUCCGCAUGAUGAUAUGGUGAAAUUGCUAAAACUUUGUUGGGAAUGGCGCCAUAACCCAAAUUUGGUGAUGCAAUUUGGCAACGUGAAAGCUGAGAUUGAAUUCUUUGCUUCCCUCGUCAAACCUGACGGUUGGCUGAAAGGAGAUCACAUUGAUUUGGGGUUAUAUCUCAUCCGGAAGCGACAACAAGAGUUGGAGGAAGUAGAAAUAUCGGACUGGACAACGACCGAUGUAUUUUUUAUGAAUCACAUCCAUACUUGCUUUGCGGAUAAUAAAAGAAGAAAAGAGCAGGUUAGGUGGAAAAUUAGAAACAAUUUACUGAACGUUGUAAAUGGCAAGGUGUAUGCCCCUUGUAUGUUGACGAAGUACAAACAUUGGGUGGCUGUAAUGAUUGAUCUGGUUAAGUGUGAAAUCAAAGUGUACGAUUCAAUGAUUUCACUUAUUCCAGAUGAGAUCUUAAAGGAAUAA